AACUGCACGGCGGGUAGUUGAAUCCGAAGCAGAAAAAAACAACAAAGGUUCAUUGUCGAAGAUUUAACCAAAAGUGGAAGAAAAUGACCAGCACAUUGAAAGGAAUCACUCUCAAAGGAAGCGCGGAGCUAGUGGCCGAGUUUUUCUCAUUUGGCAUCAACAGCAUCCUGUACCAGCGCGGCAUCUAUCCUCCAGAGACAUUCAGCAGAGUCACCCACUAUGACAUGAGCCUUCAACUUACCACUGAUCCCAAACUGAAGAACUACCUGACCAACGUGGUAUCUCAGCUCAAAGAAUGGCUGUUUGAGUGCACAGUGCAGAAGCUGGUGUUGGUGAUCACAUGUCUGGAAACCAACGAGGUGCUGGAGCGAUGGCAGUUUGACAUUCAGUGCGACAAAUCUGCCAAGGAGAGCAGUGCUCCCAGAGACAAGUCCAUUAAGACAAUUCAGGAUGAGAUCCGCUCCGUUAUCAGACAGAUAACAGCCACGGUUACUUUCCUGCCGCUGCUGGAGACACCAUGUGCUUUCGACCUCCUUGUCUACACAGACAAAGACCUGGUGGUUCCCGAAAAGUGGGAAGAGUCUGGGCCGCAGAUCAUCGACCAGUCAGAGGAGGUGCGUUUACGCUCGUUCACCACCUCAAUCCACAAGGUGAACAGCAUGGUAGCGUACAAGAAGACCGACUCAAUUUAAACCUCUAAACCGUGGCCCCCUCUGCACCGCGUGAGCUGUAUAUAGCACCAACCACUGCCCCUUAGAGAGUAGAUUUUACACUGCAGUUUCCUACCUCGGUGUCUGCCCAAUUUUGUGUACACUGAGGACCCAGUGUUCUGCUUUCAUUUCCUAAACUUCACUUGUCUUUUUGAGAAGGAUGCGGUGGCAACCUGCUCUGUCUACCCUGAUGUAAAUAUUUCUCAUAAGCAGUGAUUUGUCUAUUAGGAAUGUCUGUCUCUGUCUUUAGUAUUGUCUCCUUUCUCUCAAGUUGGCACCCUCUGUUUUAGAAGCUAGCCAUUUAUAUGUUAAACUUUUAUAAAAUGUCAUAAAUAAAUGUCUUUCACAUAGGUUUCUUUUUAUGAUUUUUACUCUUUUUGACCUGUAGGUGGCAGUGCAGCAUAAGUCACUAGCUGGUUCUGGGGGAUUGGGUAUGGGUUUGCAGUGUGCACAGUAUCCUACAUUAUGAAACAACACAGACAAGACAGAAAAUACGCAUUUCUCUUAAAUGGGACAAACCAUUUACUUGGCUCACAGUUGUCAGUGGUGUGGACAGUUGCAGAUGUGGAACACCUCAUUCAUGAUGCUAACAUUACAGUUUCUCACCUGCAAGACUGCAUGAUAUCCUCAAGUCUUAACUAAAAAAACGUUCUCACUGGUGUAAUGCUCUCAUGUACAUGCAACAAGUUCUCAAAAACAAGCAGUAAGGAAAUAGAUACUUUGUUUUUUGAAGAAGCAUAAAGGUGAGGCAACAGGCACAUAUAUUACAGUCCUGGAGACUUGUUCAAAGUACAAAAUACAACCACAGAUACAAAUGAGCCUUCUCAGCAUGUGCGUCUACAAAAUUGUUUAGUUAAGACGGGGUUAUCAAGCCUGUUGCUGCUAGGAAAAUGCACCUAGCUGGCACCUGAUACUGUGCAUACCGAGCACUAAAGUUUGUGUUGUAAAGUCUUCAGAGUGAUGGUAUAUAUCCAGGAGGAGCCCAUUGCUGCUCACCACUGAGCAGACCCACUGGUUCAUCUGGGGGUUGAUUUUUUCCUGUAGUUCAUGCUAAAAGUGGUUGUUGUGUUUGCACACGGGGUUGUUGCACUAUUCGGUGCGGCAGUGGUUCUCAGCCUUUUUGGUUUGGGACACCUUCAUCACGGGUUAUGAUCUGAGUGUGGAACCUCAGCACUGUGUUGGUACGAACUCGCCUGUCUAGAAGCUUUCACUGUCGAAUGUUGUCAAGUACCAAAAGCUGGGAUUGAUGUCUGGUCAGAUUUCUAAUGUUACCCUGAUUUAAAUCUUUUUUUGUCCCAGUUUUUGAGUAUUUCAUUUAGACACAGUUUUUUACAGCUUACCUUAUACUACAGGCAUGUUGUGAAAUCUUUAAAGAA